AAGGUUGUGUACAAAUGUUACACUUUGAACUGAUAAGCCGUAAAACAUUUGUCACAGGUCUAAACAAGCGUGUUCAAUGCGUUCCAAAGCUGAGGUGUUACAAGUUUCUUUUGAGGUUGAGUACGGAGGAGAACUGAGAGUCGAUCAUAUCUAGCGAUUAUUUUAUGAUUAUUUUAUGCUGAGACAUGUUGAAGGGAGCGAGAGUAGUGUUCUCGCAGCUUUUACUGUGUGGCUUUCUAUGCGAAGGUUCUACAGAUCCUGACUGCAGACAGUACAAAACAUGUACAGAAUGCAUCUUGGGUAGUCCAGAGUGCAGUUGGUGUGAAGACCGCGAUUAUCACUAUUUAGAUCAACCGAGAAGGAGAUGCGACCUUCAUAGCAACCAUCAACAGAAUAAAUGCCGAAAGAUCUCUAAUCCAGGAUCAGGAUCUACAGUUCAUUCGAACAACGAGCCAGACGGUGACCGUGAUGUCAAAGUUUCUCCUCAGAAUGUAACACUACGUCUUAGACCAGGAAUUUCCACGGCUAUCACAGUAAAUGUCCACACCCCAAGGAACUUCCCAGUUGAUUUGUAUUACUUGACGGACGUAUCGAGGUCUAUCAAAAAGGAAUCAAUAAAAUCACUUGGACACCUGUUAGCGGAUGAGAUUUCAAAUCUAACUUCAAGGUUUCGUCUUGGACUUGGUGCAUUUGUUGACAAGCCCACAGCUCCAUAUAUGGACACAGAUCCCGUGAUGGUUGCUGCGCCUGACCCAAAUAAUGGGAAUUCCACUCCGACGUUUGGUUAUCAUAAUGUGUUGCCGCUGAACAAGAAUACAUCUUACUUUCAGGACGCUAUUGAAAAACUGAUGGCUUCCGGAAAUGUUGACAAUCCCGAGGGAGGUUUGGAGGCUCUCGUUCAGGUGGCUGCAUGUGAAAAGGAGAUCGGUUGGCAAAGUAAAGAGGAUGCACGAAGGGUAGUGGUGCUAACGACUGAUGCAGCUUAUCACUCUGCUGGAGACGGUCUGCUUGGCGGAGUCGUUAUUCCUAACGAUGGUCUUUGCCAUUUGGACGGCGAAGAAUACAGUGCUUCAUUGCUCAUGGAUUAUCCAUCUCCAGGACUGGUCCGUGAUGUUUUACUUGAGUCGCAAGUAGUUCCAAUUUUCGCUGUCGCAUCCAAGGAAAAACAAGUGUAUGAACAACUAGCAAACUUUUUAGGUAACGAAACCUACGCCGAGACAGGGGAGCUUUUAGAGGACUCGUCAAACAUUGUGCGUGUGAUUGGCGAAGCGUAUAAGAAAAUCGCCCGCACAGUGACGAUACGAGAUACUAAUUCUGCCGGGCUCAUCCUUCGGUACACUGCAGUCUGUCCCAAGGGUGAAAUUUACGAAGACACGAGAACUUGCACAGGCGUAGAAUUAGGAGAUACGGUAUCUUUCAAGAUAUCAGUCUCGAUGGCCAACUGCACGGACGAUUUGCCUUCAAACUUUUCCAUCAAAACUCCUUACGGACAAGUUUUUUUGAAGCUAUCUUAUGUGUGCAGUUGUGACUGUGAAGCAGAAGAAAUUCUGGAACCCAAUAGCACAAUUUGCAAUCACAGGGGAUCGUUAAAGUGUGGAAUGUGUUCUUGUGAAGAUGGAUGGGCAGGUGAAUAUUGUUCGUGCACAGAGGAGGAAGAGCGAAAAAAUUGUCAAAGCAAUAAUGGCGACGUGUGCAGUGGUCAAGGAUCAUGCAGUUGUGGCAAAUGUUACUGUGAGGACACCAAGGAUCCCAAAGGAUUAAUCUAUGGUGAAACCUGCGAGUGCAACAAUUUGAAUUGUCCAAAGGAUCCUGAAAAUGAGGAGAUGUGUGGAGGAUCGGAGCGAGGAGAUUGUGAUUGCGGCCAAUGUAAGUGUAAAGAAAACUGGAGUGGACCUUCGUGUAGCUGCAGCAAGGACUUGGACGGUUGUAUCAAGAAUGGGGUCCUUUGUGGCGGUCGAGGGACCUGCAAAUGUGGAACCUGCGUAUGUAAUGCUUCUUUGCCCUACAGGGGACCUUUCUGUGAUGAGUGUCUUAGUUGUAUAGGAAACUGUGAAGCUAAUAGACCAUGCGUGCAAUGUCGAAUGUUCGGUACAGGGGAACUAGUGGGAGAGGAUUGCAAAGCUAAAUGUAAAGACUUUAGAAUCACCGCAGUAGACGAGUUAACAUCUGACAUGGGCAAACAGUGUCGAUUCCGAGACGAAGAUGACUGUUAUUUUGGGUUUGCCUACACGGUAAGAGCAGAUGGACAGUUGGAGAUUUAUACACAGAGGAAUAAAGACUGUCCAUCAGAGAUGAAGGCCCUGUUGGUGAUUCUAGGCGUGAUAGGAGCCGUUCUCGCUGUUGCCUUAGCUCUCUUGCUGAUAUGGAGAGUGUUAGCAACGGUACAGGACCGGCGAGCAUUUGCCAAAUUUGAAAAGGAACAACAGAAAGCAAAAUGUGUCAUGGCUGAAAAUCCGAUCUUUAAGCCAACAACCACGACCUUUAUGAAUCCUAUGUAUGGAGUGAAAACAUGAAGUUGGAAAUGGCACUGACAAAGACUCCAAUGGGAGUUUCUUGGGGAGGCACUUCUCACGAGACCUCAGUGUAGCUGGCGGACAGGUUGGACACAGGAUUGGUCAGAACGGUUGUGACAAAAAAAAAUUCCAAUUGUAAAAUCACACUGAAGAUUUGAAACCGUCAUCUAUUUACUCUUCAAAUCAAAAAUUUUAGACUCAGUUCCGGUCAAUUCAGUAACAGUAAUGUAACUCUCUCUAUGAUAACUCUAUCAGGAGACACUUUUAUCAUCGCUCUGACGAAGGACUGACGCUCAAAACGUCAGCCUUUUAACUCUUUAGGGUGGCCAAUUUACGUUUUCAACUCAGUUGAUAACAAUAGCUUACACUUUUCUUAUUUGUCUCGUGUGCGAGUUAAACACUGUUUGAAGAACUUUCACAAGAGGACAAGAGCUCGAGCGAAAAGGUGCAUGUGGCCAUGACGAAGAAUGAAUAAGCGAGUGACGCACUCCAAAAUACAGAUUGAUUUGGAGUGCGUUUUUCUUGGAGGAACUCCGUAUUUUUGUAUCAAUUAAUAUACGAAACAAGAAAUAGAAAUAGUUAAAGGAUCCGAUGAG